CCAGGAAUCUGCGUUUGCCCCAGUCCUCCAAUGGAUUCUAAAACUGAAGGGGCACUAAUCUGCCCCAUCAGGGCCGCGUGUGGCUUGCAGACUGCCGUCUCCGAGCGAAAGAACAGGGGAAUCCCUAAACGCGCGUUUGGCGGUGCAGAACAGCGCGCCCGGCCCGGGAGAAGGCGAGCCGGCCACGCGUCCUCCCACGCGGGCAGCAGUGCCCGGACCCCCAGCGGGGAGCGGCGGCCGGACGGGGCGGGCCACAGGCAGCGUCCCGCCUCCCGGAGCUGGCCCGCCGCGUCGCGCCGUCCUCCUCCUCCUCCUCCUUUUCCUUCCCGCUCCCUUCCGUCCUUCCUGCCGCCAGGCGCGAUGGGGCCGAGGCGCGGGGCGGCCGCAGCGCUGCUGGCGCUGCUGUGCGCGGGCUGUGCGCUCCGCGCCGGGCGCGCCCAGUACGAGCGCUACAGCUUCCGCAGCUUCCCGCGGGACGAGCUGAUGCCGCUUGAGUCGGCCUACCGGCACGCGCUGGACCAAUACAGCAGCGAGCACUGGGCCGAGAGCGUGGGCUACCUGGAGAUCAGCCUGCGGCUGCACCGCCUCCUGCUCGACAGCGAGGCCUUCUGCCACCUCAACUGCAGCGCCGUGCCCGAGCCCGCGCCCGCCGCCGGCCUCGCCCGCUACGCGGAGCUGCGCCUCUUCGGGGGCCUGCUCCGCCGCGCGCACUGCCUCAAGCGCUGCAAGCAGGGGCUGCCAGCUUUUCGCCAGUCGCAGCCCAGCCGCGAGGUGCUGGCUGACUUCCAGCGCCGCGAGCCCUACAAGUUCCUGCAGUUUGCCUACUUCAAGGCAAAUAAUUUUCCAAAAGCCAUUGCAGCUGCACACACCUUCCUACUGAAGCAUCCAGAUGACGAGAUGAUGAAGAGAAACAUGGCGUAUUACAAGAGCUUGCCUGAUGCCGAGGACUACAUCAAAGACUUGGAGACCAAGUCAUAUGAGAGCCUGUUCAUCCGAGCAGUGCGGGCAUACAAUGGCGAGAACUGGAGAACGUCUGUCACAGACAUGGAGCUGGCCCUUCCUGACUUCUUCAAAGCCUUUUAUGGGUGUCUUGCAGCCUGUGAAGGCUCCAGGGAGAUCAAGGACUUCAAGGAUUUCUAUCUCUCCAUAGCAGAUCACUACAUAGAAGUCCUGGAAUGUAAAAUACAGUGUGAAGAAAACCUCACCCCGGUUAUAGGAGGCUAUCCUGUCGAGAAGUUUGUGGCCACCAUGUAUCAUUAUUUGCAGUUUGCUUAUUAUAAACUGAAUGACCUGAAGAACGCAGCCCCCUGUGCCGUCAGCUACCUGCUCUUUGACCAGAACGACAAGGUCAUGCGGCAGAACCUGGUGUAUUACCAGUACCACCGGGAGAAGUGGGACCUCUCGGACGAGCAUUUCCAGCCCAGGCCAGAAGCAGUUCAGUUCUUUAACGUGACCACACUGCAGAAAGAGCUGUAUGACUUUGCUAAGGAAAAUGUAACGGAUGAUGAUGAGGGAGAGGUUGUGGAAUACGUGGAUGACCUCUUGGAGAUGGACGAGACCAGCUAGUCCACAGCAACCAAAGUGACUUCCCUUCAAUGUUCAGGAAACACAAAAUUCUUUGUCCUCCUUGUUCCUAAUAUGCCAGGUUGUUGAUACCUCAGAGCCUCCCCUUCACUCUGUGAAGUGAAAGGGAGGCCCCCAUCUCUCUCCCUCCA